AUGAGAGCCCUCUUCAAGAAGGGCCAGAGUCGGCUCUACCUGCUGAGGAGGCUCUACCUGCUGAGGAGGCUCUACCUGCUGAGGAGGUUCUACCUGCUGAGGAGGCUCUACCUGCUGAGGAGGCUCUACCUGCUGAGGAGGCUCUACCUGCUGAGGAAGCUCUACCUGCUGAGGAGGCUCUACCUGCUGAGGAGGCUCUACCUGCUGAGGAGGCUCAACCUGCUGAGGAGGCUCUACCUGCUGAGGAAGCUCUACCUGCUGAGGAGGCUCUACCUGCUGAGGAGGCUCUACCUGCUGAGGAGGCUCUACCUGCUGAGGAGGCUCAACCUGCUGAGGAAGCUCUACCUGCUGAGGAGGCUCUACCUGCUGAGGAGGUUCUACCUGCUGAGGAGGCUCUACCUGCUGAGGAGGCUCUACCUGCUGAGGAGGCUCAACCUGCUGAGGAAGCUCUACCUGCUGAGGAGGCUCUACCUGCUGAGGAGGCUCUACCUGCUGAGGAGGCUCUACUUGCUGAGGAGGCUCAACCUGCUGAGGAAGCUCUACCUGCUGAGGAGGCUCUACCUGCUGAGGAGGCUCUACCUGCUGAGGAGGCUCUACUUGCUGAGGAGGCUCAACCUGCUGAGGAAGCUCUACCUGCUGAGGAGGCUCUACCUGCUGAGGAGGCUCUACCUGCUGAGGAGGCUCUACUUGCUGAGGAGGCUCUACCUGCUGAGGAAGCUCUACCUGCUGAGGAGGCUCAACCUGCUGAGGAAGCUCUACCUGCUGAGGAGGCUCUACCUGCUGAGGAGGCUCUACCUGCUGAGGAGCCUCUUGUUCUGCAGGAGCAUCAAUCACAGAGAGACAGAAACUGUCCUGGGCUGUUCCCUUGACACCAACACGGCUCGGAACAUUCCACUGCUGAAGAGAAGUCUGUGA